AUGAGAAGCUCACUCUCCGACAAAUCAAAAAUCGUUACUCAUCAAAAGAGCAUAUACGCUGCGGCCAAAAAGUUGAAGGAAAACACUGGAAUUGGCUGGGUUAAAGGGGAAUGUCAAGUAGAUAUGCCGCAGGAAUGGUGGAACAAUGAAGGCAUGAAACACCAGGAUGCUCUCCAAUUCCACAAGCAUGCCUUCAUCUUCUUUGAUCAAAUGGACGAAUUGCUCCAUUUCUCAAAACCUACUGGAUCCUUACGUACUGGAACCAGCAGCAAUGCCCGAGUCAAAGCAAAAAAAGUGGAGGAUGAAGGUGAUGAAGACGAUCAAGUAGGUAAAAAAUCUUGUGACAUACGUAAAAAAGAUGAAGACUUGAAUCAAGAGGUUGUUGGAAAUGACCGAGUUAUUGUACUUGAUGGAGCCGACUCCAGCAAAAUCAACGUUGGUACAGAUAAAGCUGAAGAGACCGCCAAUCCGACUGAGCCAAUAUCAAACAAAGUAUCACAUGUCAAACAAGCAGCUCCAUCAAAACCGAGUAAACAAAAGCAACCAGACUCAGAUGACUCGGAUGCAUCAAUCUCUUUAGUUAAACCAGCCAAAACCAACAACAAGAAGAAGGCACCUGCUCGUGAGGUGACGCCGGGCACACUUGCCAAUGCCAUUGCUGCCACUUCCACCGACUCAGUCUUACGUACCCAGAAAUUACUUGACAGCAAGGCAGCUCAAUCUGCUGAACGAGAUACCGCGAUUGCAGCAGCUGCUCGAAUCAGAUCCGAACGCCAUGCUCAUCAACAAGAGGCGAUUGCAAUUUUCAAUGUCAAGAGCAAAGUCGAAUUUCCUGAUGUUCAGAAUCGAUUAAUUGCCAUUGAUGUCAUAGCCGAAGAGCGCGAAGCUGCUUUAUUUGCUGGUUUAGAUGACGAAAUGGCCUGGAUUUGGCUUAAAAAUCAGAUCUCUUUAGAUUCAAAGGAUCAUGAACAAGUUACUAAAACUGAUGAUCAAGAUAAAAUCACCAAAGCAAGCAACAAACAAGAGGCAUCAACUGAAGUUGCAAAAAACAAAAAUGAUGGAGAAGAAGAAGACAAAGAAGAUGAUGAAGAAGAUGAGACAGGAGAAGAUUUAGCUAAAGGAACACCAAUCCCAUAUGCAACUUUGGUUCAUACCUUUACUUUGAUUGACACGACUACCGAACGACUAGAAAUCACUAAAUAUCUAAGUCAACAUCUUACAAAACUGUGUCCUGAUUAUGAAAGGAUUGAACUUGGAAUUGGUGAAUCAAUCUUGGUCAAAGGUAUUGGAUCUUCAAUGGGUAGAACACCUACUCAAGUCAAAGCUGAUUUUAAAAAAGGAGGAUAUUUACGUUUAGUAGCACAAAACAGUGAAUCCACCAAAAAAACUAUGUUUAAACCAACGGUCAGAAUUUUUCUUUGUAGUGAGGACAUUGCAGUACUCUACAAUCAGAUGGAAAUCUGA